UUGGUUAAAUCCUGCUUUUCAAUAUAAUGAGGAGAAUUUUUGCCGGAAACCAGCAGUACAUAUGGCUGUUUUGGACUAUAUUGGGACAAAAUAUGAUGGUGACAAAGAGAAGGUAAUUAAGGAAACCCAAUAUUUUCGAGACCGUAUUGGGAGCUUUGAUAGAGAGCUUGCAUUGUCAACAAGCACAACCACUCAUCCAGAUGAAUGGUGGAAGUUGUGGGGUGCUGAUGCUCCAAACUUGCAAAAAUUGGCAAUUAGAAUCCUUAGCCAAACUUCCGCUUCUUCUGGAUGUGAGCGUUGUUGGAGUUUAUUUGACCAAAUACACUCUAAGAGGAGAAAUAGAUUGGAGCAUCAAAGGCUCAAUGAUCUUGUGUUUGUUCAUCAUAACUUGUGA